CGCUAAUGCUGGGACAGUGUGAGUGAUAGUCAGUGUCAGGUGUGAUCAUAAACACUGCAUAAUAUUAAAUAUUCACUGGAUAUGCUGACGCAUUACCUGGCUUAAGGUCCACUCCAUAGAGCUGGCCUAUCGCUGUCAUUGUGUCACCCAUCCAACACAGGAUAACAAGGACCCAGAAUGUUCAGCACAAAGAGGUUGAAGAAGAAGUCCCAGUCAGUGGACAUCCCUGAUGAGGGUUAUGCUGGUUCUCUUGUCAAAGACCUGCUGGCGUCUCCCCUCAUACAGAAUGUGGCCAGAUCAACCAUAGGUGAAGAAAAAGAGAUCAAUACCAGCAACAUCCAAAAGGCUCGUAGUCCUCGACGUGGAGAGCUCAAGCGAGGGUAUACCAUAGACACCGGGCAGAAAAAGAGUGCGCUGGAGAGGAAAGAUGUGCGGAGGAUAUCCUUCCAGAGGCCCAAAGGCACCAUGGAGUAUGUGGUGGAGUCCCGGGACACGCUGAACAGCAUUGCGUUGAAGUUUGACACGACUCCCAACGAGCUCGUCCAGCUCAACAAACUCUUCUCUCGCGCUGUGGUCCCUGGCAAGGUGCUGUAUGUCCCUGAUCCAGAGUACAUCUCCAGUGCGGACAGCUCUCCCUCGCUCAGUCCCAUCAGCCCCCUCUCUCCCACCUCUUCAGAGGCUGAUCUGGAGAAGGCCACCACAGAUUCAGAUGAUGUCCAUCGGAGACACAGCACCCCCGGAAUCGGUCACGGCCCUCCUCGACCAGCCAGAGUGGUGUCAUCCACCUCAGAGGAGGAAGAGGCGCUUACAGAAAAGUUCCUUAAAAUGAACUGCAAAUACAUCACGGAUGGCAAGGGUAUAGUAAGUGGUGUUCUCUUGGUCACCCCAAACAACAUUAUGUUUGACCCUCAUAAGUCCGACCGGCUGGUGCAGGAGCGAGGAUGUGAGGAGUACGGGAUCAUGUGCCCGCUGGAGGAGGUGCAGUCUGCAGCCAUGUGCAGGGAAAUCACAGACAUCAGGGUCCGAGAGUUUGUGCCACCAGAUCUGGAGCUAGAGCCUACUGUAAGUGAGGUAAGCCAUCUCAAGAGGGCACCACGUCUCAACGCAGCCGACGCGGCACACCGAAUCCGUGAAACGGGCAACGACAGUGCCAGUACGGCCCCUCGUAGCACAGAAGCUUCCCUGUCUGAAGAUGUUUUUACAGAGUCAGAACUUUCACCAGUUCGUGAUGAUAUCCUCGCAACAUCUUCCGACGAGCUGCAGCAGAUUAAGUCCUCUGGUGCAUCUUCUGAAUCUGUGCAAACAAUCAACCAGGCCGCCACAGCCGCUGAAGAGCCUUUAAUGGCUGACAAAAAGGAAGUAAAAGAAGCUGUACGAAAUACAGAAACAGAAGGAAGAGGAUGGAGGGAUAGUGGCAUCGAACAGAGUCUGAAUACUACAGAUUUAUCCAGUGAGGUUGUGGCUGAGAAUGUUCUGGAGAAUGUUACAAAGGACCAGCCUGCGGAUGAGGCCAAAUCACGAACCACAUCUGAGUCGCUUUGUUCGGACACUGUGGCUGUUGAGGAUUUUGCAAAAGCCCAUGAGACACAGAAAGGCAUGGAAGCUCAGACUAUGCAGUCGAUCAGUGAAAUGAAGGAAGGAGAACAAGGGAUGUCCAAUGACUUCACACCAGCUAAUGAGAGUGGAGCAGAUGAGGGACAGAGUACAGAGGAAGUUGUGCCAGGGCCCAAAGGCAAGGAGAAGUCCAAGUCGCACAAGUUCCUGUGUCUGCGGGUUGGCAGAGCCAUGCGGAAGACUUUUGUUUCCCACGCCAGUGCCUCCAUGCAGCAGUACGCCCAAAGAGACAGGAAGCACGAGUACUGGUUCGCUGUUCCUUCUGAGAGGUCAGACCACCUGUAUGCGUUCUUUGUCCAGUGGACCCCUGAUGUGUUUGGAGAAGGGAUGGGCGGACUGACCCGGGAGCCUGGGUUUGUAGUGGUUAAAAAGAUCCAGGACGCUGAAAGCGGGGAACACGACAAACCAGUACCUGAUAUCACAUUCAAGGACUGGGAGGUAGUUUCUGUGACUGAGUACUACCGGCGGAUAGAUGCGCUAAACAGUGAGGACCUGCGCUCGCUCUGCAAACGUCUUCAGAUCACAACCAAGGAAGAGGUGAACUCCAAACACUUGGUGAAGAGUGACCCAGAACCCGAAUCAUUCAGGCCCAAUCUGAACGAGCCCAGUGUCCUGCUGCAACCCGAUCAGAUCGAAAAGCUGGCCAAGCACCUCCCCCCCAGGACAAUCGGCUAUCCCUGGUCUCUGGCGUUCAGCACAUCCAAACACGGUAUGAGCAUCAAGAGCCUGUACCGCGCCAUGCAGGGCCAGGACUCCCCAGUUCUCAUGGUGAUCAAGGACAGCGAUGGACAGCUGUUUGGAGCCCUCGCUUCAGAGCCAUUUAAAGUCAGUGACGGCUUCUAUGGCACCGGAGAGACAUUCGUGUUCACCUUCUGUCCAGAAUUUGAGGUUUUCAAAUGGACUGGUGACAAUAUGUUCUUCAUCAAAGGAGAUAUGGAUUCCUUAGCUUUUGGCGGUGGAGGGGGUGAAUUCGGGCUGUGGUUGGAUGGCGACCUCUAUCAUGGCAGAACUCACUCAUGCAAGACGUUUGGAAAUCCAAUGCUCUCGAAAACGGAGGACUUCUAUGUGCAGGACAUUGAAAUAUGGGCCUUUGAAUAACACCCCCAUUCCCCACAUCACAGACUCGGUACACAAUAAAGCGGGGUUAUGAGGCCACAUCACUAGACCCCCAUAACUGAUUGUACACCCUCCACUUGGCUCCUAAGAAGCCCUGAUAGAGGCAACUUUGCCUAGCGUACAUAGUCCUUCAUUCCUGGAAACGGUCAGCAUGGGUUGGUGUUCUUCGCUGAAAGUUUCAUACAGUAUGUGGUUUAGAGUCAUAUAAACAUCCAUUUUGCAGCCUGAGGUCCUCUAGUUCUGAGGAUAAGGAAGGGCGCUAAUGGCUUUUUCAGAAUGGUGUAGAACUUUCCAAAAGAAAAGUAGCUCCAAACCUUCCCAGGAGUCAUAAAACACUGGGUUUUCAGUCCUUCGUCACCUGUAGCAUUGCAUCUAUUUCAAGCACUUUAAAUAUCUAAUCUCAAAACCCGUUAUUUAUCCACGUCUGUGUGCUCACACAGGCUCUAUAUAAUCAAACGCUCACUACUAAUGUAAUAUCCAGUACCGUGUUGCUGUAAAAAUGUGGAGUACAUGCAAAUUCAUGUGUGGUGCCCUUUUCAUGUCAAUAUGCUUUCCUGCAAGUUUGGGAGUGCUGUAGUUAUGCCAAGAGAAAAAAUUUUGGGGGCAAGGCAUCUGAAGGAGUAUAUAUACAUAUAUAAAUACAUAUAGCGAUUAUAUAUUUAUACCUUUAUUAGUGUACUGUGUACAUAACUACUUCCCAUAUUGCUGUUAUGUGUGACAGUGAUAUGGUUUGCGCUACUGUCCUUGAAGUAUGUACAUUUUCCCUGUAAAUUUGUUCUAAUAAAUAAAUUUCUAUAUGCACACUACAUCAAUGCUAAUCCAAUAUGAACGUGGAGUUUUCGUCAGGUAACCGGUCUCUUGAGAGCGUAACAGUAGCUUAGGAACCAUAUAUAAGGUGACCUGGGCGUUUGAGGGUGAUGAAAUGACUGGUGCAACCAGAGCCAGCCUCCGGGACUUAAGGAUGACUGCUGUCAGCCAUGAGAACACCUGUUACUUCAAUAUUUACAAAGAGGCACGUCGACAAACAAGUUGUUGGAAAAACUGUGAAACUUGAUGGGCAAUUGGCUCUUUUUGCAGUAUUCUGACUUGAAGAUUAAGCAAAAGAUGGCAGUUUCCCAAUGUGGCCAGCUGAAAACAUGCCCAAACAUUUGACCCGACCGCGCGCGUCUGUUAUCAGAGCAGACGUCUUGCUGUGAAGGUCUGAUGCUCUCUGCAUGCCGUGGGA